CCAUCUCUCGUCUCUUCUUGCAUCGCAAUUCACAAAGACAAUCGAAAUUGCAGCAGCAAACUGCUGUGCACCAGUAGCUCUUGAGCCACCAAUGGCAUCCACCUCGAGCCUCCCUGCAGUGGCCCUCGUCGUGGCGCUCAUGCUAGUCCUAGGCAACAGCGGCACUUGCCAUGCGGCUCGCCUGCUCGCCGACGCCACGGCGCCUGCCGCGGCACCAGCUGCUGCCGUGCCAGGCAUCCCGGCUCUGCCGAAGCCGACGACGGUGCCAGCGAUCCCCACCGUGCCCGUGGUCACCAUGCCACCAAUGCCUGCCGUUCCUGCGGUCACCGUACCGUCCAUGCCAGCAGUGCCCGCGGUGACGCUGCCACCAAUGCCUGCGGUGCCUUCCGUCCCCGCGGUGCCUGCCAUGCCGAACGCCGCCGCGCUGCCACCCGUUCCCGCCGCCGUCGUGCCUAAGUUGACAACACUGCCACCGAUGCCGUCGGUGCCUUCCAUCCCCAAGGUGACGCUGCCGCCGACGCCCUCCUCCAUCCCUGGCGUGCCAACAAUGCCAUUCCUCGCGCCACCUCCAAAGGCCUAAGAGAGUUUUACUGUCUUGCACCCAAGCCUCUCUGCUUCUGCAGUUGUGUGCUCUGCUCCGUUCUGCACUUGCUUUGUUCUGUUGUGCACACCUUUCCCCAUAUUUUUGUGUAAAGUUUUACAUACUUUAUUUGGUCAAUUAUGUAUUUAUGUAUGUAUUCACUCAUAUAUGUAUGAUCUUAAUUUCGAUUGAUGAUAGCAUGUCUACAA